AUGCAGCCUCGCAAGCCUUUCCUCCUUCUCGCAAUAGUUCCCUUGCUCUCCCAAUGCCAUGAGCAUGUCAUCCUCGCCGACUGCACAAGCAAUUCCGCAAUCCGCCUAUCGCACAUGGCCUACUACUCGGGUGCGCUGUCUUCGACUCCUGACACCGUGGCAGUUGUCCCAACGCGCUGGAACCAAACGUCUUCAUGGGCGAGCAACAGCUCCAAACCCAUCUCUGCAACUUUCCCCGAUGCCGUGGUAUUCGCAGCAAAUCACUUAGCCAUAACGGCGGAGGGUGAACUUGCAGGCUUAGCCACAAAUGGUUUUGGCACCUUUGGCUGCUGGAAUUAUCAUGUCAAAGCUUUGUAUACUUGGUAUGGCGGGGUCGUCUGUGACGCGGUUUACGACUGCAAUCAUUACGGCGCGGCUAGUGAUGUUAUGUCACCAAAUGCCACAGCCACGACUGGAUCGGGCCCGGGCCCUAUAGACACCGGUGCUGGAGACCGCAGCUCAAAGAAGAGUGAUGAUAUUGCGUUAGGAGUUGGCAUCGGCAUUGGGGUGCCUAGUCUCAUUGCCACUGUCCUAGGUGUAUGGUAUGCGAGCAGGCGAUACAAUCUGGACUUCCAUUAUGGGAAUACAGCAACAGAGGAGCAAAGUGGAGACGAUGCGGCGGGGAAAAUCUAA